CAAUUUAGUCGAACUCAAACCGCCGUGCAGUCGAAAAAGGUUUGGUGAGUGUAGUUUUUGUAAAGAUACCCAGCACGGAUUUCGUCUGAAGCGGAUGAAGAUGUCGGAACGUCCAAUCAAGGUCUUGUUAGUCGGUAGCGGAACAGUUGGAAAAACUAGCCUGUGCACGGUCUACACCAAAAAAUGUUUCCCCUCCAAAUAUGUUCCGACAGUAAUGGAAAUAGCCUUCUCCACCGUUGUGAUCAAUGAUGUGACACACAGAUUGGCCAUCUGGGAUACAGCGGGACAGGAAGACUUCGACCGACUACGACUUUUGUCCUAUCCUAAUACGGACGUCUUUUUAGUUUGCUACGCCAUCGAUGAUCUCGAUUCUUUUCAACACGUCUCGACAAAAUGGAUUCCAGAGUUACACAAACAUAGCCCUGGCGUCCCAAUCAUUCUCGUUGGUACUAAAUUAGACAAGAGACAUAAAGGUGAAACGCUUGAAAGCUAUUUGGUUCCUUAUAGUAGAGGACAAAGUUUGGCAGAGACCAUCGGAGUUGCUCAUUUCGCCGAGUGCUCAGCUUUGAAUGGGAAGAAUGUGUCAAAAAUAUUUAAAAUUGCAGCUGCUGCUGCUUUAGGAUUAGAUAAGAAGUCUUGCUGCAUACUUUAAAAAAUGUUUGCGGUCUUAAUUUUACGUUUGUGAACAGAAUAUUUUCAUAAUAAUGCAUAUAUUAGGUGUUGCAAUAAAUGGCUAUUUAAUAUCAA